UGGUAGAGCGCGAGGCUCUUGACCUUGGUAUUCAGAGUCCAAAUCUAAAACCUCGACUCUAACUCGACAGUUUUUCCUUCAUUUGAACAUGGUGAGCAAGCCAAAUACAACAGUCCAUGGCGAGGCUGAGUUUCAAGGGACAUCCCCUUCUCUACUUUGUAACUCAAAUUCCAACUCAAGCCCUCUGCUUUUCUUCAUCUUCUUCGUUGUCUUCAGCACCCACCCAGAUCAAGCAUCCAAGGCACUUGGCCUCUAUCUUGCUCAAAAACCCAACAAGUCGCUCAGCCACCCAACAAAUCCACGCUCACAUUCUCACUUCUGGCUUUCUCCUCCAUCACUCCAUUUCCACUGCCCAUCUUCUCCUCUUCAACACUUUGCUUCGUUGUUAUUCCUUUGGCCCCUUCCCUCGUGAAGCUUUCACUUUCUAUAAACACCAACAUUUCUCCCUUUCCUUCGACUCCUUCACCUACUCCUUCCUUCUCCACGCCUCCAUUGCCUUAAACUCCACCAACCCAGGUGCCCAAAUCCAUGCCCUCACUCACAAACUCGGUUUCCAUUUCCAUGUCUAUGUUCAAACUGCCUUGCUUAAUAUGUAUGCUGCAUGUGGCUCUUUGCUCCUUGCUCUCCACGUGUUCUACGAAAUGCCUGAUAGGAAUUAUGUCACUUGGAAUGUCAUGAUAACUGGUUUGGCGAAAUGGGGUGAGCUUCAAUUGGCUCGGUCUCUCUUUGAUCAGAUGCCAGCCCCUACUGUUGUGUCCUGUACUGCCAUUAUUGACGCGUACUCACGUAAAAAUCAGCCCCGUGAUGCUGUUGCUUUGUUUCGAAGAAUGGUUGUUGAAGAUCACGUUGAACCUACUGAGGUUACACUUUUGGCCAUAUUUCCAGCUGUUUCGGUUCUUGGAGCUCUUAAAAUUUGUCAAUCACUUCAUGCUUACGGUGAGAAGAGAGGAUUUAAUGCAUCUGACAUACGUGUCACCAAUUCCCUAUUGGAUUCUUAUGCAAAAUGUGGCUGCAUAGAUAGUGCAUCGAGAUUGUUUGAGGAGAUACCUGUUGAGAGGAAGAAUUUGGUGUCAUGGACAUCCAUAAUCUCUGGGUUUGCAAUGCAUGGAAUGGGGAAAGAAGCAGUCGAGUAUUUUAAUAGUAUGGAGAAAGUUGGUCUCAACCCGAAUCGAGUGACAUUCUUGAGUAUUUUCAAUGCUUGUAGUCAUGGAGGAUUAAUUGAUGAGGGGCUGAACUUCUUUGGGAAUAUGGUCGACGAGUAUGAAAUUGCACUGGAUAUCAAGCACUAUGGAUGCUUAAUAGAUAUGCUAGGGAGGGCAGGGAGAUUAGAAGAGGCAGAAAAUAUGGCUUUGGAGAUUCCUUCCAAUAUCGUUAAUGUUGUGAUUUGGAGGACGCUGUUGGGUGCUUGUAGCUUUCAUGGUAAUGUGGAGAUGGGUGAGAGGGUGACAAAGAAGAUACUGGAGAUGGAGAGAGGAUAUGGCGGUGACUACGUGCUUAUGUCCAACAUCUUUGCUGGGGUUGGAAGGUUUAGCGAUGCCGAGAGAAUGAGAAGCUUGCUGGAUGAGAGGAAUGCCUUCAAACUUCCAGGGCAUAGUUUGGUCUAACUGGUGGUGAAGAUGGGCAACUAUGAUGGUUGCCUGAGAUUAUGAAUGCCUGAUGAUUUCUAGAUAAUCUUAAGUUUGAGAAAACAAGGCCAAGAUCCUGUGAACAAGCCUCUGAGGUCAGCAGUAGCUAUGUAAUUAAUGCUCAUAGAACACAUGGUGGUUAAAAUUCAGUUUCUUCUUGAGCUCUGGCUGGUCCAGUAGGGAGUGAAAGACAUUCCCAUGGUGUUAGAUGAUAUGAUCUAGCAUUUGAGAUUGCAGAAUUAUGGGUUUGCAGUUGAAAUGGACAUUCAGAAUACUCUUGACUGCAAGAAUGCGGAAGAUAGCUGGUGUCUGAGAGAGUGAAUGAGUUAGUGUCUUUAUACUGCACAUGGAAAAAUGUACAAGGAAAGAUGACAUUCAUUUUUUCUUUCAUCGAUAUUCUUCAGUGGAAAUUAGAGCAAAAUGAAACUUAUAUCCCAAGGCACUCAUUGGUACAUUCUCCUUUGAGUCUCUUGGUUAUUCUAGUCUUUGAUGCCUUGUUAUCAGCCUGAUCCUAACAUUUCUGAUGUCCUCAAAUGGAGGCCUUCUUCUGCUGGUUCCAAUUACCACUGCUUCCACUCGGAAUAAAAAGUGCGUUGAAUAAAAGCAUGUUAAUGGCUUCUGCAAGUGGAUGCAGUUGAAGGGCCAAUUUCCAAGUAGACCCUUCUCGCCUCAUUUCAAGCUCAAUCGCACAAUCAUCUUUUCUUCUUCUUC